GAGGGCUGAGGGUGAGGUCAUUCUGAAAACACCAAGCCUGCAUCGUGAACUCGCCCAUCCCAAUUUCCUCACGCACGCCCAGCCGCCGUCUUGCGACCCCUUUUGUGGCCCGCCCUGCACCAAUUGCACCCCGUGUCACCCGCCCAUCACAGCCUCACCCCCGCCAUGACUCCCCCCGCCAUCAUCGCGCCCUCCAUCCUCUCCGCCGACUUUGGAGCCCUGGGCAAGGCAUGCUCCGACACCAUCGCCCAAGGCGCCGAUUGGCUUCAUGUGGAUAUCAUGGACGGCCACUUCGUGCCGAACAUGACCUUUGGCGCCCCCGUUGUAACCAAGAUCCGCUCGCACGUUGCCCGCCCUAUCAGCGCUUACGGAAAGGGGACCUUCGACUGCCACAUGAUGAUAACUGAGCCGAAGAGAUGGGUUCGAGACUUCCAGAACGCCGGCUGCGACCUCUACUGCUUCCACUACGAGGCCGCCUUCUCUACCGCCGCCGACUCGCCCUCGGGAAAAUCCGACUCGAAAACCUCCCCCAAAGAACUGAUCAAGUACAUUCACGGCCUCGGCAUACAAGCCGGCAUCGCGAUAAAACCCAGCACCCCCGUCGACGUGCUGUGGGACAUAAUAGAGAAUCCAGUGGAAGAUGAACGACCCGAUAUGGUUCUCAUAAUGACAGUUGAGCCUGGAUUCGGUGGCCAAUCCUUCAUGGCCUCGGAGCUCCCCAAAGUGUCCGCUCUACGCGCCAAGUACCCAGAACUGCACAUCGAAGUCGACGGGGGGCUAUCGGAGAAGACCAUCCCUCAAGCCGCCGACGCAGGUGCUAAUGUAAUCGUAGCUGGUAGUGCUGUCUUUGGCGCCAGCGAUCCGAGUCAGGUCAUUGCAGUGCUGAGGGAAGCAGUCGAGAGCAGGCGGAAGUAGGUAGAGAAGGCGCCUGUGGGAUGGAUGUAAUUAUGACUUUGACGUCUGAUGGUAAGCACAAAAGGGGGUAGAUGACUUGCAUAUAGCGUCGCUGGCAUUAGAUCGAGCUUGUGGUCCAAAUAAGAACCGAUGACAUUCGUCUUAUCCCCCUGCUAGGUACUGUAAUCGUCAUCUAAGACGUGCAUUUUCCAACCUCGAGGGUUCUGAGUCACACUCGGAAAGAAAGGUUUGACAGCAGAACCUCUAACGGUAUGACACGAAGUAUGAGCAUCCGAUCUUAUCUAUUUCAUCAAUCUAAACUCUACUUAUCGGUAACUUUUGGGGAGGGUUCACAGUCUUGAGCACGUGUAGCAACGGGUGACCUCUCACAUGGCCAUCACGUUGCCCCAACUCAACUCUCCGCCUCGUAC